UCGCCAUGCCGCAAGUAAUAUAAUACUGGGCAUAGAGUAUAGUGGCUUUGAUCACAAAGUCAAGGCUAAUAAAUUGAUAAAUAAAUCAUAUUCGAUUAUAUUCGAUUGAUACUUAGAAUCCGAGUUGAGUGCUUGAGGAGAAGUAAAGAAGUUGCGGAAACAUGCCUCAAGGAAGGCGAAAAACUCCGUUCAGUGGAAAGGCCAAGAAGCUGCAAAUGCAGGUUAAAAAGCAACGGCAACGGACUUGGCUCGAUGAUGAUGAGGACGAGUGCUCUAGCAAUGCGAGCAAUGCAGAGUGUGGAAAACAAGUACAAAAGAUAAAUAAACAACCAAGAGAUAAAUCUUCAAGGAAUAGAUAUGCAUUACAAUUCUUUCAAGAAACCAACGAGGAAUUGCGAAAACGCAAGGAACAAGCCUUAAGAAGUAUUGAGCCCGUAAACCUCAAGGAUCAAGAAAUUUCCGACAAUUAUUUUCCACCUGGGUUUGAUAUACCAAAGCGACCUCCAUGGGAUUUUAAUAUGACGAGAGAGCAAUUAGAUAUAAGAGAACAGAGAUAUUUCACAGAAUACUUAAAGAGCAUGGAAGAAUUAGGUAACUUGAGUUACUUUGAACUGAAUUUAGAAACCUGGCGACAAUUGUGGAGAGUCUUAGAGAUGUCGGAUGUUCUGUUGAUCAUUGUUGAUAUUCGAUACACUGUUCUGAUGUUUCCUCCAUAUUUGUACCAUUAUGUGACGAACGAGUUGCAAAAAGAUAUGAUUUUGGUACUAAACAAAGUUGAUUUAGCGCCUCCAGCCUUGGUAGUAGCUUGGAAGGAAUAUUUUCGCAGUCAAUAUCCAAAAUUACAUAUUUUAAUGUUUACUUCAUAUCCUACUUACAAUCUUCGUGGUAAUACGAACAACGAGGAAGGUAUAAAGAAAAGACGUCGUAAAGGAAAAUUACGGAUGGCCGCGGAAGGAGCACAAAAGUUAUUGGAGGCUUGUAAAGACAUUGUCAGGGACAAGGUCGAUUUAAGUUCCUGGCAUGAGAAGAUUCAGGAGGAGAUGCACUCGGAGUACGAUCUAGAUGACAUAGACCAUAAAGAUAAUGUAACAAUACAGAAGGAGGAUACUACUUAUUUCAAACACGAAAAAUAUAAAAAUGGAAUUCUGACCAUUGGAUGCCUUGGAACACCAAACGUUGGAAAGUCGUCCUUAAUGAAUGCAUUGAUGGGCAAAAAAGUCGUAAGCGUGUCUCGCACACCCGGCCACACCAAACAUUUUCAAACUAUUUAUCUUACGAAGACCGUGUGCUUAUGUGAUUGCCCUGGUUUAGUCUUUCCCUCAACUGUACCAAAACAGUUGCAAAUAUUAAUGGGCUCGUUUCCGAUCGCUCAAGUCAGAGAACCGUACACGACCGUAAAGUUUCUGGCUGAAAGGAUGGAUCUACCGAAACUGUUGAGGAUUUCUCAUCCAGAGAAUGAUGAUACAUGGUCCGCUAUGGACAUCUGCGAUGGUUGGGCUAUGAAAAGGGAUUUUAUAACGGCCCGAGCGGCUAGAUUGGACACAUAUAGAGCGGCAAAUUCGUUGUUACGAAUGGCGUUAGAAGGAAAGAUUUGUUUGUACAUAUAUCCGCCAAAUUGGGCUAUUGAUAAAGAAAAAUGGGAAAAUCAUACAGAUGUUGAAAUAGUAAAAUGGAUUCAAGCUAGAAAUCAAGGAGAUGAUCGCGAUACACAAAUUGAAUAUAUAUCUUCCGAAGACGAAGAAACCUACAACGAAAAGCAAGAACAAAAAUCUUCUCGAAAUACAACGAAUAAUGGUUCAAUGGAAUCGUCGAGCGAGGAAAAUGAUAUGCCGCUUGUAGCUAACAAGUUUUCAGCGUUGUCUACAGAACAAUAA